AUGAAGGUCAAGGCCAUCAGCCGGUCGGUGGCCGCACAACAUGCACCUGGCUCCGACGCCCCCAGGCAGUCUCGCAACCUCGACCCGGCGCUGCACCCGUUUGAGCGCGCCCGCGAGUACAAGCGUGCCCUCAACGCCGUCAAGCUCGAGCGCUUGCACGCGUCGCCCUUCAUCGCCCAGCUCGGCCGCGGCCACGUCGACGGCGUCUACUCCAUGGCCAAGGACCCCAACUCGCUCGACCACUUUGCGAGUGGCAGUGGCGACGGCGUGGUCAAGGUCUUCAACCUGGCGACCAAGGAGGAGGCGUGGCACACGACAGCACACGAGAACAUCGUCAAGGGCAUGACCUGGACGCUCGACCGGAAGCUGCUGACCUGCGCGGCGGAUCGCACCGUCAAGCUGUUUGACCCGUACCACACGCCGAGCGGCGCGGCCCCGCUGUCCUCGUGGCUCGGCGCCGGCGCGUUCACGUCGCUGUCGCACCACCGCUCGCGCGCGGCCUUUGCUGCGGCGUCGAGCGUCAUUUCGAUCUACGACUUGGAGCGGCACACGGCGGCGCCCGAGAUGCUCAGGUGGCCGACGUCGACCGACACCAUCACCGACGUGGCGUUCAACCAGGUCGAGACGUCGAUCCUGGCGUCGUGCGCGACGGACCGCUCUAUCGUGCUGUACGACCUGCGCACGUCCACCCCCGUCGCCAAGACGGUGCUCAAAUUUGCCACCAACCGCGUGGCGUGGUCGCCAAUGGAGGCCUUCAACCUCGCGACCGCGUCCGAGGACCACAACGCGUACCUCUUUGACAUGCGGCGCUUCGACCGCGCCCUCAACGUCUUCAAGGACCACGUCGCCGCCAUCCUGGACGUCGAGUUCUCCCCGACCGGCCUGGAGCUCGUGACGGCGUCCUGGGACCGCACCGUGCGCCUCUGGCGCCGCGAGGACGGCCACUCGCGCGACGUCUACCACACCAAGCGCAUGCAGCGCGUCAUGGCCGCCCGCUGGACCCCGGACGCGCAGUACGUGCUGUCCGGCUCCGACGACGGCAACGUGCGGCUGUGGCGCGCCAAGGCGUCGGCGCGCCAGGGCAUGAAGUCGUCGCGCCAGCGCCAGGCGCUCGAGUACAAUGACGCGCUGGUCGAACGCUACGGGCACAUGCCCGAGAUUCGCCGCAUCAGCCGCCACAGGCACGUCCCUGAGGUGGUCAAGAAGGCGGCUAGCAUCAAGAAGGACGAGCUCCAGAGCAUCAAGCGCAAGGAGGAGAAUGAGCGCAAGCACACCAAGAAGCAGUUUGAGAAGAGGCAGAGCGAGAGACAGAAGAUGAUCUUGUCGAGGGAAAAAUAA